CACUUGUUGCUGAGGACAAGCAGUUGCUCGCGUGACGCCGGACGGUGACGACAGGAAGAGGCUUGCCCCGACAGACGCAAAAUGAUGCAAAAUUACGACAAUGGUGCAGACGGUAGCAGCGAACAGCAUUUGAACAAAAGGCACGUGAAGCGAACGAAAAGGAAGGAACUGAAAUGCGAGAUACUAAGGAUGAAAGCAGAAUUGGAAAAGACGAUGAUGGAAAAGGAAGAGUUAAGUCGUCGUUUGGCUGAAAUAGAUGAUGCGAACUUCGAUGAAGCCAGAUCUAGUACGAUGUACGACCAGCAGACCAGCGAGAACGAGACUUUUUUCACAACAAUGAACAAUUUGUCCUUGACUAGCCUCAACAUUCCGGAAUGUACGCCAGCAGCAGGGGAUACGGAAAUUAAUAAACGAGGGUAUGAUCACUGGAAGGGUGUUUUCAACGCUUCAUUAAACCUUAUUCAAGCUAGCGAUGAAGCUACCAGAUAUGAUUUGUUUCGUAUUAAAGCGGGUCCAUUGUUACUCGAAUUGUUUGAAGGAACCACUACACAACAAGGAAUGCCGGAUGAAAAACAGUUUGCAUAUUCCAAUGCAAUGGCACGAUUGGACGCUCAUUUCGCUUCGAGGGCAUAUAUUUUGUCGCAACGCAGCAAACUGACAAAUAUGGCCCAACGUAAUGGUGAGCCAAACAUUGAUUACGUGAAAAGAGUUGCAGCAGCUUCAAAGUUAUGCAACUAUAAACCAGAUGAGGAAUUCGAAGCAAUGUCACGCACCAUCACUAGAGGAUCAACGGACAGUCGCAUCAGAACGCUUGCUUAUCGGGUGCUUACCGAUGGAGGAUCCCUAAACGAAUUACUCGACCAAGUUCGUAUUAGACAAGUGGAAUUAGAAAAUGAGGACGAUUACCGUAGACUUCAUCAUCCAAGGGUUGAAACCAUUGCGGCCGUUUCACGCCAAUCGAGGGAUCAUGCCCAGUCUCGUCGCAGCCAAUAUCAAACACCAUAUCAGUAUAAGGGUAACCGUGGAAGUGGCAGAGGAGGUUUUCUUCGCGUAACGAAGAACCAGAGAAUCAACAAAUCGUGCUGGAGGUGCUUGAGUACAUAUCACACUCCAGCAGAUUGUUUUCAUGCCGAUAAAAUAUGCCGUAGUUGCGGUCGCCGGGGGCACAUUGAACGUGCAUGCUCCACUAAAGUGAAACAAGAACUCGAGAAACGCCGCUGUACGGAAGACGAAGCUGAACCACCCAGUAAAAUUGCAGCAAUUCUCCAAAUGGGUGAAGAAGAGGAUCAUUAUAAGGAGGUAAUGCAAGUUGAUAAUAAUGAAUAAGUAAAGUCAGUUAAAU